UUCCACAUGGACAACUUUCCACAUACAACACAUUUUAAAAAAUGGGAAUAUUCUAACUGGGCAAAGUAAGGCAAAGUAAAUGAAUAAUGCUCUCUUUAUCCCUCUCAAACUGCUGCUGACAUGCCCAAACACGAGUUCAGCACAGAGCAGCCACUGAGAUCGGAGACUGCAGGGUACGUGAAGAAGCCGAGCCUCAAAAACAAGAUGCACUGUGUGGUGUUCAUGGUGGACGCCUCCAAACUCAGCUCCUACCCCACAGGCCUCAGCACCACCUUCCAACAACUGCGACAGCACAUCACUGACCUGGUUCGGGAGUUCAAGGGACAGACAGACACAAUUGGCCGUGCUGGAGAACUACUGUGCAUGCCGAUCUCAUCCAUCAUUCCCGUGAAGAAUUAUUGCUCUGAGUUGGACGUGGACAUGAAUACAGACGUGCUGCUGCUCAGCGCUGUUGACCACAUCCUGCAGUAUGUUGACCUCUACUACGAGGACAAUAAACCUACAGUGUUGGAAUAUAACAUAGAUGUUGAUAUGUGA